CUGUUUUUUUUUGUCGUUUGCACCAUUGUCCCUCGCCGUUUCCUGGACGUCCACCGUUGUCAUCUAGUUGUUGCCGUUGUCCACGUGCCUUUCAUGGCCGAUGUCUUUCGGAGGCUGCUGCUGCUGGUGCUGGUCGUCCUCUUGCUCCUCCUCUUAGUUGUCUUCCACGUGUGCAUCCCCGGCAGUGUUACGCGACGUGCCUGCAAAAGACGGUCUUUGAAGAAGGACGUCAGGAUGGAGGGGCACCAGGCGAUCUGCAGGUCUGCAGGGGAGCAGGGUGGUGGUCAGCAGGCUGGGCAAAGCCCGUCGAGGAGUUCAAGGCCGUCGGAGCGGUCUGGGUACGUGCACCUGCCACCGCACUUGCAACCUCUGCCUGACACGUCCGACGAGGAGGCGGAUGACAGAUGGUCACGGACCGUGCCGCUGGGAAGCGGGUCCACCCAGGACUGGGCCGCUACAGCAUGUGGAAGCCGUGACGGCGGUUAUGGCCAGUCCUACAUCGAACUCCUCCAGCAGGGGCUCAGCGGAGACGAAGGCGAUGGCGGCGUGAAUCUGUCGUUCGGGCUGUGUAGCGGGAGGUCGUCGGCCGCCUCGCAAACGGUCAUCGUCACCCCCCAUCCCGACGACAACGGCGGGCAAGUGACGGCUGUCGCCCGAUCAUCGAAGUCUCCAGCGUCAGUCUUGGAGGCAUCGGGGAACAAGGAUCCUCCGAGGCAGCAAUUCCGGUCGCCGUCUACCACGUCAGCAGACCAUGUCAGCAGACCACGUCAGCAGAACGCAUCAGCAGGCCACGUCAGCAGCAGGCAGUGCCACGUCAGGAGGCCACCAGCCUGGUCUAUGCUCACGCGCUCGCAAACAUCCGUCAUGGACCAGAUGUCCAGGGAAACGGACGAGGCCUAUCAGGCCCGGAUGCUGCUUCUGAUUACCGAAGCCAACCAACGGUCGCAUGCAGUAGCAACCGCCGCAAAGAAGAAGGCGGAGAACGCCGAGGAGCGAGCUUUGCUCACAAUGGCAGCAGACUGGCGGGCCGAGACCGAGAAUGGGAAGAUGGAAGACAGUGAAAACAAGAUCGCUCUACUCCUCUCCCAUUUGACAGAUCUCCUGGCCGCGUGCAUUGCACAGCAGGAGGACAUCCACAACCUCGACGACGCGGUUCAGACGCACAAUCAGGUCUUUAACCAAGUCAACAGCCGCCUCCAUCAGCUGGAGCAACGACCCGUCGCCGCCCCCGAUGCCAGCUCCUCCAACACCUUUGAUCGCCUCAAUGCAUUGGAGAUCGACGUCGGAGCCCUCAAGGACGACACACAGUUACAGCAAACAGCCACGCAACAACUGGAGCAGCGGAUCUGUGUUGCCGCCGCCAACCCAAGUCCGGCACAGCGCGAGAUGACUCCAAGGUUCGAUGAUCAGGAGAUCUGCUGCGAUUCGACGAAGACGGACCCGAUUUCGUGGCUCCGCAAGUUCGAGCUCAAGUUGCAGCUACACCAAGUCAGCGAGGACAAACAUCAUGCAUACUUGUACUCCCGAUCGGGGGGCACGUGCCAAGCAUGGUUGGGCAAUCUCUUGUCCAAGUACGGAGUGGUAGCUGCCGACUUAUACACCAAGAUCAGCUGGGAUGAUCUGAAGGCAGCGUGGCAUAAGCGGUUCCAAGAAGAGCCGCCAAAGAUCAAGGCAAUGGACAAGUUGAUGACCUUCGAACAAGGCACGCUGCCGAGUGUUGACUGGAUUGCGAAGUACCAACGCUUGACAUCCGUCCCAGACAUUCAAAUGGGCUUCAAGGUCGUCAAACACUAUUUCAUCUCGAGGUCCUGUCCGGCGUUGGGCAACGCCUUGACUCGCGUCGAGGACACCCUGACGACAACAACGGAGCUCUUCAACAAGGCCGCGCAGAUCAUUGUCACGAACAAGGAGGCCAAAAACCUCCACCGUUCGACUGCUGCAGGCCUGAGCAGAGAUCAGCAUCAGCCGAAAGUGGUCAUGGUCGCGGUGGCAACGUCAACCGGCCAAAUUAGCGGGGCCGUGUCUACCAAUGAAGGGGACAGACUCGCAGCCGCCCGGGAUGGUGGCCGCCCCGUCACAGGCAGAGGACGCGGCAAGACGAAGACAAACACUGCAUCUAGCCCCGAGCCUGGCGCAGCAGCUUCAGCCCCAUGGUCCCACUACGGUCUCUCUGAACAGGCGUACAAGGCACGUACGAGAUUCCGCUUGUCUGUGGUGUAACAGCGAUCUUCACAAGACAGUGGGCUGCCGUCGAAAGGCAAAGGCAAAUCGGGAAAC